CCUGCCCGAGGAGCUGCGGCUGGGCCGGGCUCUGCAGGAGGCAGCGUGGGUUUGAGCGCAGGAAUGCAUUGGCCAGUGGAUCUCUCGCUCUUUUUGCUUUUCCAGGGCCGCUGGGAUAGUGCGAACGCGCCUUGUGACACAGGAACCUCUCCAGACGGCCCAGGAGGCUUUAGCAUCUUUUGGUGUCUUAGGAGGCACAUUAUCUCGCAUCUCCCUGCCGUCAAUGUUCCACUUUAGGAGUCAUGGAGCUGGGGAAGGCGAAGCUGCUGCGGACUGGCCUCAACGCCUUGCACCAGGCCAUUCACCCCGUGCACGGGCUGGCCUGGACGGACGGCAAGCAGGUGAUCCUGACUGCGCUGCACCUGCACAAUGGGGAGCCCCAGUUCGGGGACUCCAGCGUGGUUGGCCAGUUUGAGCAUGUGCACGGGCUGUACUGGGGCCCCUGUCCCGCCGAGGCCCCGGCGCUGCUCGCGGUGCAGCACAAGAAGCACGUCACCAUCUGGAAGCUCUUACUCAGCGGCGCCGACAGGAACAAGCUCCUGAUUUCCCAGAUCUGCGACAUCAGCGAGCCCUACCCCGUGCUGCCCCAGGGCUGCGUGUGGCAUCCCAGCAAGGAGGUCUUGGCCGUGCUGACCACCCGGGACGCCUCCGUCUUGCCCUCUGUCGACCUCAACAACUCCAGAAUUAACGCGGACAUCAAGGGCAGUGGGCUCAUCCACUGUGCCUGUUGGACCAGGGAAGGCAACCGCUUGGUUGUGGGGGUGGGCAGUGCCCUCCAUUCCUACAUUUGGGAUGAUGCCCAGAAAACACUCAGCGCUUGCUCUUUUUGCCCAAUAUUUGAUGUGGGAGGCUAUAUCUGUGCCGUGGAAGCUACGCAGAAUUUACAAGUUGCUGUUGCCACCGAGCUCCCACUGGACAAGAUCUGUGGCUUAAAUGCUGGCGUUGCCUUCGAAGUUCCAUCGAGCGUUGAAACAGAGUCAUUCCCCUCACAGUCCAGCUUGUGUGGGGAGGAAGAGUAUUCCUUGGAUGGAGGGAAGAAGUCCCUGGACUCUGAGAAGUCCUUGUCUGUAGUUACAUCUCCUGUGGAUCUAACUCACAUACUUUCUAGCAAGCAGGGUGCUGAUUCCAGCCCUCUCCUUCACCUGAGGCCCAAGGACUACCUGACGGGAAGUGGCCAAGACUCCUCACACCUCAUCUUGGUGACUUUUGAAAGAAAGGUUACCUCUACCAAAAAAGUGAGCAUCCCAGGCAUUCUUGUUCCUGAUAUAAUGGCUUUUGACUCCAAAACUCAAACUGUAUCUGUUGCCUCCAAUACUUGUAAUGUUAUUUUAGUCUAUUCACUGACUUCAUCCAAUUUACCUAAUAUUCAACAAAUUCAGCUGGAGAAAAGCGAGAAGCCAAAGGGUUUGUGCUUCCUGACCGAAAAAUUGUUACUGAUACUGGUUGGAAGACAAAAAUUCACUGACCCUGCUUUUCUUCCUUCUUCAAGAUCAGACAAAUACAUGAUUCGAUUGAUGAUUAAAGAACUGACACUUGAAAUGGGUCCUUCAAAGUCUGUGUCAGCUGAUGGCAGCUCCAGUUUGAACCUUUCCAACAUUACUCAUGAGCCCUCUAGAGAUGUCCCCGCUCUCAGCCGUGGGCUCCUGAUACCAGAUCGCUCUGCCCUUCAGUCCCCUACAAGCCGAAGGAAACUCAUUGAAGAAAUCAAGAGUCCUGUUUAUGAACAAAACUUGGUGUUGAACAUCAGUGACUUGAAAGACAAAAAGAUUUCCAUGAAUUUUCCUCCAGCUGUCGAGACUCUGGAUGCUGAGCCAGUUAAUCGGAGCGUGGCACUGUCUAAUGCUUCAAACAGGCCAACAUCCCCAAAAAGGCAGCCUGAGGGAGCUUCCAAAAUACCCAAUUCUUACAAAAAUAACCUGUUCAGUGAGAAGGAGGCGAGUUACUUUUUGAAAAAUGUGGAAAAAUUCUCUUCUAAUUUCACAGAAUUGCAGCACCGUAUUUCUGAAUUAACUGAGUUGCUAAAAUCUGGAAAGAGAACUCUUCCAGUGUACCCAUCUUCUCAGGAACCCUCAUUUAUUAACAUCACCUGCCAGAAGCAGCUUUCCAAAAGUGAUGCAGAUGAAACCCGGGCUGUUCUUCUCUGUGGUGGGAAACUCCGCCUAAACAUCAUCCAGCAGAUAUUCAACCUGUCCCUUGUAGAAAUGCAGCACGGUUCCUCUUGGAUUGUUCUCACAGCGGACAGCGAGGGCUUCAUCCCCUUAAUGUUUACAUCCACACAGGAGAUCCUCAUCAGAGAUGCCACUGCAAAAGGCUACAGUGCCUGCUCCUCCAAAACUCUGGACAUCAUCAGUUCCACACAGGGCUGUAGAUCCACUUCUUCAGAGAGCCUGGAUAUCACCAGUUCUCUGGAAGUCCUGAGGGACUGCUCCUCCAAGACCUUGGACAGCAUCAGCCCUUCAGAACAGCCCAGCAAUAAAAUGUAGUUUUUGACAGUGGUUUUGCAAUGCCUGCCUGCCUGAUGAUGGGAGGUUUUUAAUGUUUACUGUAUGGGACUGCAAAUUAUCAACAAAUCUCUGUACGGUUUCUAUAAUUUUUUUGUUGCAUUGUAAAUUAUUUAUUUGAUUCUUGAAAACGUUAACUUUUUUUUUAUACUGAACAGUGUUUUUUAACUAUGCCUCUUGCAGUACAAAUGAGGUUGAAAAUGUGCAUUCUUACAAGUUUCUGAGCUCAAGUUUCCAUCUUGGUCUUUACUACAUUGGUGUUUUUAGAUAAUAGUGAACUUGGAUAAUAAAGAAAUGGUUGAAAAUGCUG